AUGCUGCAUCUGCAUUCAAGUGAGCAUAGAAGAGAUUUUAGUCCUCAUUGGCGCCACAAAAUGAAUCCACGUGUCAUUUUGGCUUCUUUCUACUUGAUUGCCAGCGUUGGUUUUUUUCCAGUGUGUUUGUGUGCCCAGGGCAGAUAUGCAUUCAAGCUGCUUAAGGAUUUAUUUGUGAACUACACCAGUGCACUGAGGCCUGUGGAGGACACGAACAACAUCAUUAACGUCACCCUGCAGAUCACCCUCUCCCAGAUCAUUGAUAUGGAUGAACGAAACCAGAUCCUCACAACAUACCUGUGGAUUCGCCAGGUGUGGUUUGAUGCCUACCUCACCUGGAAUACGACAGACUACGAUGGGCUUGAUACCAUCCGCAUACCUAGUAGUUAUGUAUGGAGACCCGAUGUUGUCCUAUAUAACAAUGCAGAUGACCAGUUCUCCAGCUCUAUGGAGACUAAUGUUGUGAUCCGCCAUGAUGGCCAGAUUAUGUGGGACCAGCCAGCAAUAACCAAGAGCUCCUGCAAAGUGGACGUAUCGUUUUUCCCAUUUGAUGUCCAGCAGUGCCGCCUCACCUUCGGCUCUUGGACUCACAAUGGAAACCAGAUGGACCUUCAUAAUGCCCUGGACAGUGCAGACCUGGCUGAUUUUGUGGAGAAUGUAGAGUGGGAGGUUCAGGGAAUGCCUGCUAAGAAGAACGUGAUUCUCUAUGGCUGCUGCUCGGACCCCUAUCCAGACAUCACCUACACACUUCACCUGAAGAGAAGAGCUUCCUUCUACAUCUUCAAUCUGCUCAUUCCCUGCAUGAUGAUCUCUUUCUUGGCUCCGUUGGGCUUCUACCUGCCGGCAGACUCUGGAGAGAAGGUUUCUUUAGGGGUCACAGUGCUACUGGCCCUUACAGUCUUCCAGCUUCUGGUUGCAGAGAGCAUGCCUCCUUCAGAGAAUGUGCCGCUUAUAGGGAAAUAUUACAUCGCCACAAUGACCAUGAUUACAGCCUCUACAGCCCUGACCAUCUUCAUUAUGAACAUCCACCACUGCGGACCAGAAGCCCAACCAGUUCCCCCAUGGGCACGCAAAUUUAUCUUGAACUACCUGUCUCGGUUUUGCUUCGUCUACGAUAUGGGACAGAGCUGUGCGUCCGUACACACAGAUCAACCUGCGAAGAAGGGAAACAACUGCACCGCAAAUGGCCAAGCUAGAGGUGAGGACUUUGCUUUGAAGCUACAUGAAGGGUGUUCACAAAAGGUGAAGGAUCAAUUUAAUGAUGAUGUCAGUCCAACAUUAUCUCCACAACAAAGAAAAGAGCACCAGUCUGGCUGGAGAAUUGGUACCUUUUUGGAAAUUGAGCAUGGAGAGUCUGCAGGAGCUUCAGGAGAGACAGGAACACCGCGAAAAGAAUCAGUGAAAAAGAGGGAGAUACUUGUUGAAAGUCAGUGUUUGUGCCAUCAGCAAACCCUUCUGAGGAAUGUUGAGUACAUUGCCAACUUUUACCAAGAGCAAAAGGCCACACAGAGAAGAAACGCUGAGUGGCGGAAGGUCGCUAAAGUCAUGGAUCGCUUCUUUAUGUGGAUAUUCUUCAUCAUGGUCUUCCUCAUGAGUUUGCUUAUUAUAGGGAAAGCUGUCUGAAUGUUUGAUAUGAAAGACAACCGGGGGCAUUGUGCAUAAACAUCUGCAGUUCGCCUACUAAUAAGUUUGUGAGGAUUAAAAUGGAAAUAAACAGAGAUAAAAUGUCAUGGACUGUAAAGGCUCCAGUAUACUUCCAACUAAAUUCUUUGUUUAAGAGUAAAAAGAAGUUGAGUGACGGUAUCCAGUUUUUUGACAGUCCAACACACUCGAUCUUCAGUAGGUAGGGUAGUAAAUGUGCCAUGCUGUUGGCGUGUACCCCUAAACCCAACCAUAGCACAUGAGAGAAGAAUAAUUUCAUAAACAUCUGGCAAAUGACCUUCUCCACGAGAAUAGCCACUGCAACACGUCAUACCGAAUGGUGCUGCCUUGUAUACACAAAUUGAUAGAAAAGACAUGGUGCAAUGAGGUGAGCUUCUUGUCCAUCUCGGGACCCCCUUUAAAAUUUCGCUGCAAGCGAUCAUACGGGUGCAGUUACAUCUGCUACUCAACUCUCCAGUGUGUUCCUGUGGCUAGUCCUGUUUUGGAUGUUGUUCUCCUGUCUGACCACCGGGGAAUGAGCAAUCUCACGUCAAAGAAGGUGGAAUUUCAGAACACACUCACCAAUUGCAUAACUGCAUACAGACCAAUAGGGGAAUUACAUACCUAUGUCACACAUGACGUCACAUGGGUUCAACCGCGCAUACUGGUUGCAAAAAAAGGUUGCAAUAGCAAACAUGUCAUGUUGUGCGGUAGGAUGCCAAAUUCAAAUUUUACCGUAAACCACAUUGCUUUUAAUGCCAACCGCAGAUUUCUUUGGCUAACAGCCAUCAGAGGAGCUGAAUUAAGUGAGGACCUAAUUAAAAAUGCUCAACUCUGCAGUUCUCAUUAUAUAUCAGGUAAGUUAACACUAUGCUGAC